GAGGAGAGGAACUCCUGCGCUGCCAGCUGGACCGCUUCAUCGUCAGCAUGCGCUCCUACGAAGACUGGGCAGGUGACCUCCAGCGGGGAGUGAAGGCCCAGCCCGCGUCCUCCCCCACCCCCCCCUCCCCCAUGACCACCCGCUCUGGCAUGGCCCUCCGGCGCCUCCAGAGCCAGGGCCCGGGCCCCAGGCCCCGCCGCCCCCCCUCCGUGCCCGUGAAGCAGGAGUUCCACCUGGAGGAGGAGAAGUUCUACACGGAUGAGGAGUAUGUGGAGGAGGCGGAGGUUGAAAGCGAGGAGGAGGAGGAGGAGGAGAAGAGGAAGGGGGGCCGUGGGGGGCGGGCCUGUGGGGAGCCCAGGAUGAAGAUGAGGCGGGUCUUCAGGAUCACCCACGGCCGGGAGCGCCAGAGAGUGAAGGAUGCUGAUGGGGUUCUGAUGCGCUACAAGAAGAUCCUGACUACGUACCAGAAGGUGCGGAGCAUGUCACGGGCGUUCCAGAUCCACGGGGUGGACCGGAACACCAUGGCCUCCACCUCGCCGGUCGCAGAGCUGCUGCUGGUCGCCCCCGAGAAGAUGGCGGAGGUGGGGGAGUUUGAGGCGUCUAAGGAGAAGCUCCUGGACUACGCCCGGCGCUGCUACAAAACCAUGGACGAGGCCACUCACACCAAGGUGCAGAGCAUGAAGAAGUCCCACGAGCUGCUGCCCAUCUCCUACCGCUUCAGGAACUAGCCUCCUCCCGCUUCAGGAACUAGUCUCCUCCCGGUUCAGGAACUAGCCUCCUCCCGCUUCAGGAACUAGCCUCCUCCCGCCUCAGGAGCUAGUCUCUACCACUGCAGAGACUAGUCUGCUGCCAGCUAGCGCUAGCUAGCUCAGGAGUAAUUUUGUUGUUGGUUUAACAGAUUUUUGUUCAGGAAGAAGUUUUGAGAAACACGUCUUCGUGGUUCAACAUCUUAAGAACAAGACUAGAAGGGAUUUGAAGACUAUGUUAUUACAUUA